AUGAGGAACUUCAUUCUCCCGCUGGUUCUUUUGGUGGCCAGCUGUGAUGCUGGAAGAAACACCCCGGUAGUUCUCAAUGCUAGCAACAACAUCGCAACUUCAGAAGCAUGUAUCUCCCUCCACAGCCAAUAUCCAGCAUUGACGCUAUUUCCCAAUGAAACUGGAUUCGACUCACAAACACACGUAGAAUCAUGGUCAGCAGCUGCGUGGUUGACACCAGCUUGCGUCUUCACCCCUCUGAAGACCGAGCAUGUGUCUGUCGCAGUGAAAACCUUCGCUGAGAUGCGCGUUCCCUUUGCCAUCCGCGGAAGAGGAGGCAUGCCUAUCAGCGAUGCCGCGAACAGCAAUUCCUCCGGGGUGCUGAUCUCGAACUCGAACUUCACAACGCUCCGUCUCUCGAAAGAUCACUCGUAUAUCUCCGCGUCGCCAGGAAAUAUCUGGGAAAACGUGUAUAAGGCGCUCGAGCCAUACAAACUGGCUGCUGUUGGCGCGCGACUCGGCGUCGUCGGCGUGUCCGGAUUCACCCUCUGGGGCGGCGUUUCUUUCUUCGCAUAUAAACAUGGGCUUGCUUCGUCCAAUGUGCGCGCUUUCGAGUGUGUUCUGGGCGAUGGAACCAUCGUAGAAGCCACAGCCUGGAACCAACACUCUGACCUCUUCUGGGCCCUGAAAGGCGGAGGCAACAACUUCUGCUUCGUGACGCGUUUCGACUUCCAAACCCUGCCUGCAGCGACCAUCCACGUUGGAAGCACAUCAUAUAAUGCAUCUUCCGGUGACGCUUUCCUGGACAGCGUGUACAACUGGGCCGUAAACGGGUCCGCAGACACCAACUCAGCGGUGCUACCACUCGUGAACUUGGGAAACGGCGCCCCUUCACCAUCCUACUCGAGCACGCUCUUCUACAACGGCAACGACUCUUCGCCCGUGGCCCUGCGCAACUUCACCGAGCCUGCCAAGUCCAUGUCGCCGUUGUCGAACACCUUCCGCCGCCGAACCAUGUACAACUACACGCUGGAAACAGACGCACCGUUCAAAAUGGACCCCAGCCCGGCCCUGAACUACAGGCAGCGAUUCCACACCUUCAGCUUCCGAGUCGACCGCGAGGCCAUGCAGUAUAUUCACGACGUGUAUAUCGCAAGCGUGCAGCCACUUCUGAACAUCUCCGGCUUCUACACAGGCCUAGGUUACAACAUCAUCACGCCCGGUCUGAUCCGUCCCGGAAACGAGGCCGACGGCGGCAACCCCCAGGGCAUCGAUGAGGCCGAUUAUCCGGCCUUCUGGAUGGAGUCGAGUCUCUCGUGGUCUGAAGCCGCAGAUGAUGGCAGGAUUGAUGCCUUUGUGCGGAGCGUUGGCGCUAAUCUGACCACCUAUCUUGAGAAUAGGGGCCUGUUGACUCCGUUCUUGUACCCGAAUCAGGCCGACGAUACGCAGGCAGUUUUUGAUCAAUACCCUGCGAGAAAUGUGGCUUCGUUGAAGGAUGUAAGAGAUAAGUAUGAUUCUGCUGGUGUCUUUACGGAAUUGGUCCCUGGAGGGUUUAAACUGGCCCAUGCCACAUCUGCUCGAGGGCGUUCGUGA